GCCUACUUGCUCAUUAUAGCAAGACCUACUGCCAUCAUAAUGGUGUGCUAUUCAUUUAUAUUGCCAAAAGUAUUGGGACACCCCUCUAAAUCAUUGGAUUCAGGUGUUCCAAUCACCUCCAUGGCCACAGGUGUAUAAAAUCAAGCAUCUAGGCAUGCAGACUGCUUCUACAAACAUUUGUGAAAGAAUGGGUCACUCUCAGGAGCUCAGUGAAUUCAAGCGUGGUACCAUGAUAGGUUGCCACCUGUGCAAUAAGUCCAUCCAUGAAAUUUCCUUGCUACUAAAUAUUCCACGGUCAACUAUUAGUGGUAUUAUAACAAAGUGGGAACAACUAGGAACAACAGCAAGUCAGGCACGAAGUGGUAGGCCAUGUAAAAUGACAGAGCAGGGUCAGCACAUGCUGAAGCGCACAGUGCGCAGAAGUCGCCAACUGUCUGCAGAGUCAAUAGCUAAAGACCUCCAAACUUCAUGUGGCCUUCAGAUUAGCACAACAACAGUGUGUAGAGAGCUUCAUGGAAUGGGUUUCCAUUGCCGAGCAGCUGCAUCCAAG